AUGGGACGACAAAAGUUCCACGCUUUUAUGUUCCCAAUGUUCGCUUUUGGUCAUAUGACUCCUUACUUGCAUCUAGCCAAUAAGUUAGCUGAGAAAGGUCAUAGGGUUACUUUCUUGCUGCCCAAGAAAGCUCAGAAACAGUUGGAACACCUCAAUCUGUUCCCAGACAGCAUCGUCUUUCACCUCAUCACUGUUCCCCACGUGGAUGGUCUCCCUCCUGGCACCGACACCGUCUCCGAUAUCCCCGUCACGUUGUGGAAGAACUUCACCGAAGCCUUUGACCUGACACGCGACCAGGUCGAAGCCGCGGUUUGUGCCCUGAAACCGGACCUGAUCUUUUUCGAUCUUGCUUACUGGGUUCCGGAGGUGGCAAGAGAGCAUAGUGUCAAGAGUAUGAUGUACAACAUUGUAUCAGCCAACACCAUAGCUCACGACCUUGUCCCUGGUGCUGAGCUCGGAGUUCCUCCACCUGGUUAUCCUUCAUCAAAGGUCUUGUACCGCGCACAUGAUGCUCACGCCUUGUUGUCCUUAUCCGUCUACUACAAUGAAGUUUACUUCCGGGUCACCACAGCAAUCACGAACAGCGAUUUCAUCUCGAAUAGGAACUGCGAAGAGAUCGAAGGUAAAUUCUGCGAGUAUUUGGCUCGUCAGUACCAGAAGAAAAUCCUCUUGACGGGUCCAAUGCUUCCUGAGCCAGACAAGAGUAAACCACUUGAAGAUCAAUGGAAUCUUUGGCUGAGCGGGUUCGAGCCAGGCUCUGUGGUGUACUGUGCACUAGGCAGCCAAAUCACUCUCGAGAAAGACCAGUUCCAAGAGCUCUGUCUAGGAAUGGAGCUCACAGGUUUACCAUUUUUUGUAGCGGUAAAGCCACCAAGAUGCGCAAAGACGAUUCAAGAAGCGUUACCGGAAGGGUUCGAGGAGCGGGUGAAGGGGCGUGGAGUGGUGUGGGGAGGAUGGGUGCAGCAGCCGUUGUUUUUGGCUCAUCCAUCAGUAGGUUGCUUUGUGAGCCAUUGCGGAUUCGGGUCAAUGUGGGAGUCUCUGAUGAGUGACUGCCAGAUAGUACUGCUUCCGUAUUUGUCUGAUCAGGUUCUCAACACGAGAUUGCUCACAGAGGAGCUUGAGGUCUCCGUAGAGGUGGAGAGAGAAGAAACAGGAUGGUUCUCUAAAGAAAACCUGAGCGAUGCCAUCAUGUCUGUGAUGGAUAAAGAUAGCGAAAUAGGGCGCCGAGUGAGGAGGAACCACGCCGAAUUGAAUGAGAUUUUGGUUAGUCCUGGAUUGUUAACUGGCUACACCGAUAAAUUUGUUGAUACUUUGGAGAGUCUUCUCUACGAUACAUAUCUUAAGUGA